UAUGAAUGACUCUGAUUCUCAAAUUAACAAUCCAUUAAGUAAUAGCCAUGUCUCGAAUUCAGAUUAAGAAUAAUUGAUAAGAUAGGAAGAAUCAGAUUGUGAAUUUGAAUGUUCAUAAAACCCUAUGUUAACAGAGGAAGAAAAUAAUGAAAAGUCUGUUGUAAUAAAUAAGCUCAUUUAAAAUUCAUGUAAAAAUUAAUCUUAUCUAAGAAUCUUCUAAUCAAAGAAAUAAGAAAAGUUAAUUAGGAUCAUUUUUAACUUCUUAAUAACUCGAAUCAUAAUAAUACAAAAUAUCUGUUUAAUAUGUGGAUUCAAAUAUUGGUAAUCCUUUAUGUUCAGGAGAAGAAGAAACUCAAGAAAAUUUGAGGAAUAUGAAAGAAAAACUUCAAUAAUUAGAAAUUAAAUUUGAAAGCUAAGGAAAUGAAAUCAAAGAAAUUCAAAGUAAUAAAUUAAUAUAAUUUAGACAAUUUUAAUUAAACAAAAGAAGAAUUACAACAAUUAAAAUCUGAUAAUGAAAAUCAUAAGAAAGACAAUAUUGAAAUAAGAUAAUAAUUGUAAAAUUACCAAAAUGAAAUUCAAAAAGUCUAAAAUUUAAUAUCAUUGAUGAUCUAAGAGAAAUAAUUGAAUCGAUAUGAUUAUCCAAAUUAAAUCUAGAAUAAAAGAUCUAAAACAACAGUAGAAUUAAGCAAAGACUUAACUGAUAAUUAGGAAGAUCAGUCUAAACAAAAAUAAAAAUAAACCAAUAGUAAUGGAUCUCCUAUGAAAUAAAGUGAAAAUCAAUUAUCUUAAUAAUAAGCUAAUUUUCUUAUAAAUAGCUCAAAAAGUUAUUACCAUAAACCAUACAUACCUUAAGUUCAACUAUUUAAUGCUAAUUAAUUAGCUGCGUUACUUAAAUUACGUAUUACUUAUUAUAAUUGAAGCCCUAAAUAGAAAGGAUGAAGAAAGAAAGGAUUUUCAACAGAAAGUGAUUGGAAAAGACUUUAACUAUUUAUUUCAUAGACCAGUUAACACUAGUGGUAAAAUUUCAUUUAGAUUUUAUGUAGCAAUAAAUUUGAAUCAAGUAAAAGGAUAAGGUGUUCCUUAAUCCUAUUCAUUUAUAAACACUUCCCUGAACAAAUGA